CUGUAAUUCUUUUGACAGCGGCCCGACACACCUUGGAAUUUAUUGUCAUUUUUAAGUUAUUUCAGCUCAAUUUUUAAGGUAUAUUGAACAUAAUGGAGCUCUGCUGUAUAUUGGAGUACCUGCUGGUCCCUAUUGCUCUAGGAAUAUUAAUAGCAGUUGUCAAUUUUUUCACUACAAAGGAGAGAAACCUAAAUGGCAAGCAUGUGUUGAUAACUGGAGGCUCAAGUGGCAUUGGUCUGAGUGUUGCGCACGAUGUUGCUCGGAGAGGAGCCAGCGUCACCCUAGUUGCAAGAAAUCUGUCCAAUUUGGAAAAGGCUUUGGAGGAAGUGAGAAGCACAGCGUCCAGAGCAGGUGCUGGUGGCAAAGUGCAGAUCUUUUCAGCUGACAUCUCUGGAAACCAUGAGCAAAUAGUGUCCCUAGUCAAAGAUGCUGAGAGUAGUCAAGGACCCAUUUACAUGCUUGUCAACUGUGCGGGAUUUGCCCGAGCUAUGAAAUUUGAGGAUAUCUCGCCCCAGCUUGCAAAGCAACUAAUGGAUGUGAACUUCAUGGGUUCGGUCCUCAUAACGCAAGAAGUGGUGCGCAGCAUGAAGCAGCAGCAGGAAGGGAUUGUUGUCUUCACCUCGUCCCUCGGAGGCCUCCUGGGCAUCUACGGAUUCACGAUGUAUUCUGCCGCCAAAGGGGCUCUGGUGAAGUUGGCCGAAGCCCUUUGUCAGGAGGUAAAGCCGUACAAUAUCACAGUGACUGUGUGUUAUCCACCUGAUACCGACACCCCAGGAUAUGAGGAGGAAAACAAAACCAAACCCAUUGAGACCAAAUUGAUAUCAGAAUCUGCAGGACUUUUCAAGGCUGAUGAGGUUGCCUGCAAGUUAGUGAAGGACGCCAUGCGUGGUUCAUUCUGCAGUACAGUUGGAAUCGAAGGCUUUAUGUUGACCACACUUUGUGCUGGUAUGUGGCCUAUAGCGAACUUUGCCGCAGAGUUUGCUGCAUUCCUGGCACAGAUUUUGCUGACGUGGGUGUUCCGAAUCAUUUCUCUGUUUACGCUGUGGAGCUUUGAUCGGAUUGUGCGCCAAGAGCAUCAAAAGAGGCUGGCCAGUAAGAAGAGCGAAUAAAUAUGCCGUUUACUCCAAGAUUUCAGGCUCCUUUUCGGUUGGGUGUGUCUGUUCUCAAGUUGAUCUUUUUCUUUCUUCUUCUCUUUUCUCUUUCUCUUUUUCCUGUACUUAUUUGAAUACUUUUGAGAUUUCAGUAAAGGGAUAAAAUACAAGGGAGUCAGUGACAUGAAACUGGCUAUUGUUGUACUUUGUUGUUAGAUUUAUAAAUGAGGUUUUCAGUUGUUGACAGAGUUCCUAUGUGUUACUAAGCUUUAAUAGGCAUCAGUGCUACACAGAGGAACGACUGGAAACGUCUGCUUGGUGUGACGACCUCAGCAGGAGAAAUUUGAAGUUAUUUAACAAAACACUUUUUAUAAUAGUGUCUCAUUACUGUCAGGAUGUAUUUGUUGCAGUGUGAGAAAUAAGAACUUUCCUGUGAAACAUCUGACUGAUUAUAAAGCGUCUUUGAUUAUUGUUUGAGUGUACAGCAGGAGAAAAAGUAUUUUUUAUCCACAAAACACUUUUUUGAUAUAGUUAUUAUUACUAUUAUUAUUAUUAUUAUUAUUAUAGUGUGUCCUUAUUGAUUGUCAAAAUGUAGCCAUUACAGCAAGAGAAAUGAUUUUCCACAGAAGGCUUUUUAUUAAUUGCACACAAGAACCACAGAAAAGUUAUUUAAUCAUCUCAUGUAAAUGAGAUUUUAUUUGGCUUGUUUUAUGCAAAAGCCAAAGUGCAUUAUAUUCACAAACUUUAAAAAGUGAAACUAUGGGCCAGUAGCAUUUUGCCAUUUUUUGUGUAUGUUUGAAAGGUCAGGUGGUCGAAAAUAGAAUGGAAAAUUUAAUAUGGAAGUCAAAUUUUGAAGAUAAUUUUUUUGGAUGAUACCUUCUGAAAGUUUCACCAUGAAAUUGGCAUUAUGAAUAUUAUAUCAUUAUUUAUUAAAAAUGCAAGAUUUAUCAAUGCAUCCUCUCUCUUUUCUUUGAGUGUAUGAUUCAUUUUUUUAUAUGAAUGCUAUGAUAGAUCAGUAAGUAUUUGCAAGCAGUUGAAACCGUGCUUUGUUUCUACUUAAAAGUUAAUGCUUGUUGCUGCAUUUUCGACCACAGGGUCCCGACCAACACAUUUACUUUUCCGCCUUAUUUUACAUAUUAUUUUUGUUGUGUGUUCUGCGUUUGAAAGGAACUGUAUCAGAUCGCCUGAUUUUUUUAUAGGUUGGCAUUUACGUAACAAUGGGUUAUUUGCCCAUUAUACUGCUGUGGUAUAUAGCAUUCUUUUUUAAAUGUGUUUUAGUCACUGAUUUAACUGGGAGGCCGGAUCUGAUUUAUUUAUGAUGUGUGUAAAAAAUGCAUUUGGGUAAUUGUCAAUAAAAUUAUUGAAACA